UGGGAAUUUGCGCUGACAUCAGGCUUGCUUGGUGUGAGGACUCCAUUAGCGGCGGCAGGAGCGACAACAACAAAAAAAAACACAAGGGAGCUGGCUAGAGACAGAAACCACCGGCACCAGAAAGGGAGUGGCAGACUUGAAGGAUGUACCUAUGAGGAGAAAGAGGUGGCGGCGGCGGCGGUGGGACGGUUAGAUUAAGACACUGACCUGAGGGAUACCAGCGGCGACUGCCCGAGCCCCCAGAAGGGGAGACGGACCUCGCGAGUGUCCGGCGCCAAGGGGCGCAGCCGCGGUCACUUCAGCCACGCGAGGCAGGCGGCAGGGAGUAGCCCGAGAAACCCCGCUUUGGGUGACCGUUAGGAACCCGCUCGCGCCCGAACCCAACUGUCGACCGGAAUCAACCGAUAUCUCCCAACCCCCACACAGACAGACAGCCGGAUACCUUCCUACCCCCUCCCCCACUCCCCACCGAUACCCCCCUCCCCCCAACCAACAACCCCUUCCGCUUUCCCCCCUCCCCGUCACCAAAUCUACCCCCUCCCCGAGCCCUCCAACAGAUAAUUCCCCCAUCCGUACCGAAACAUUGCGUCUCCCUCCUCUUCUAUCCACCCCUUCCCGCCCCCAGUACCACUGGACAUCCAUCUUUCAUUCUCUUCCAUCAUUCUCCUUCCCCCAACACACCGGACACCCAUCCGUUUCUCUCGCCACCCCAACCACCUAACAGUUCUCCAGGACUCCAGAAGCCCGCCCCUCCUACUCCGCCCGGUUUGGGCAGAAGAGGAGGCCCCGAGGCCCUUGUGGCGACUCGUCCCAGUGUACGGGGAAGGGAGAAAGCACCGAGCUACAAGCACCACCACGGCGGCAGCUGCGGCCGGAGACACGCCGUUCACUCUGGCCUCCUCCUCUUCCUCCGACUCGGAGACCGGCGGAGUGUCUCCGCCACCGCGGAAGAAGCAGCGAGCGGCGGAGGGCGAGGGUGAGCCCGGGACGGCGGCGGCACUCGGAGGAACUUCACUAGGCCCCAGCAGCAACAAUCCCCCGGGCAGUUUCAGCGGCCUUCUUCUUCUGGGCGGCAUCGGGCGCCAGGCUCCUGGCGUCAUGCAGGCCAACGGGAACCAGGCCGGCGGAGGCGAGAUCCCCUCCGUAGGGGCCCAAAACGGAGAUGUGACAGGCCGGGAUUCGAGCCAAGCCGAGCCCGGAGAUGAGCCGACUUCCCACGGUACCGGCGGAUUCACUUUCUCCCCAUCUGCCCAGAACCCGGCCGCUCAUUCCAACGGACUGCCGUCGUCGUCUGCUGCCACAGCUAUUUCUCUGGUUCCUGGGCCUGGAGGCAUUAAUCCAGAGCAGAGCUCGCUCAAGAAGAAAAAGCGCCUGUCGCCGAGCGACGAGGAUGUCAUCCGCCUGAUUGGACAGCACCUGCACGGCCUGGGCCUGAACCAAACAGUUGACCUUUUGAUGCAGGAAUCGGGCUGCCGCUUGGAACAUCCUUCUGCAACGAAAUUCCGCAAUCAUGUAAUGGAGGGAGAAUGGGAAAAGGCUGAAAAUGAUCUUAAUGAAUUGAAGUCUUUGGUGCAUUCGCCUCAUGUGAUUGUGAAGAUGAAGUUCUUGCUUCUGCAGCAGAAGUACCUGGAAUAUCUGGAAGACGGCAAAGUUCUGGAAGCUCUUCAGGUCCUGCGCUGCGAACUGACUCCUCUGAAAUACAACACAGAGCGAAUCCACAUCUUGAGUGGGUAUCUAAUGUGCAGUCAUACAGAUGACCUGAGAGCAAAGGCAGAGUGGGAAGGAAAAGGGACUGCUUCACGAUCAAAAUUACUUGACAAACUUCAGAUGUACCUGCCCCCGUCAGUGAUGCUACCUCCACGACGCUUACAGACACUAUUACGCCAAGCAGUGGAACUUCAAAGGGAUCGAUGCCUGUAUCACAAUACUAAACUAGAUGGCAACCUGGACUCGAUGUCUCUACUUAUAGACCAUGUUUGCAGUAGGAAGCAGUUCCCUUGCUAUACACAGCAGAUUCUCACAGAACAUUGCAAUGAGGUGUGGUUCUGCAAGUUCGCUAAUGAUGGCACUAAAUUAGCAACAGGAUCCAAGGACACCACAGUUAUUAUUUGGCAGGUUGAUUUAGAUACUCACCAACUUAGAUUGCUUAAAACUUUAGAAGGCCAUGCUUAUGGAGUAUCAUACUUAGCUUGGAGUCCAGAUGAUACUUACCUUCUAGCCUGUGGCCCUGAUGACUGCUCUGAAUUAUGGCUUUGGAAUGUACAGACAGGAGAGCUAAGAACCAAGAUGAGUCAGUCUCAUGAGGACAGUCUAACAAGUGUGGCUUGGAACCCAGAUGGGAAACGCUUUGUGACGGGUGGACAACGUGGGCAAUUUUAUCAGUGUGAUUUGGAAGGAAAUUUGCUGGAUUCAUGGGAAGGUGUGAGAGUGCAGUGCCUUUGGUGUCUAAACGAUGGGAAAACAGUCCUUGCCUCGGACACGCAUCAGCGGAUAAGAGGGUACAACUUCGAGGACCUGACUGAUAGGAAUAUUGUGCAAGAGGAUCAUCCUAUAAUGUCUUUCACAGUUUCGAAGAAUGGAAGGUUAGCCUUGUUAAAUGUCGCGACUCAGAUAGUAGAAGAUGGAGAGAGAGGGCAGGAGAAGUCGAUUCGCUCCAGAGGAGUUCACCUAUGGGACCUGCAGGACCGUGUUUUAGUGAGAAAGUAUCAAGGUGUCACCCAAGGAUUUUACACCAUUCAUUCAUGUUUUGGAGGGAACAAUGAAGACUUUAUAGCCAGUGGAAGUGAAGAUCACAAGGUUUAUAUUUGGCACAAGCGGAGUGAAUUGCCAAUAGCAGAACUGACAGGACACACUCGUACUGUAAACUGUGUAAGCUGGAACCCACAAGUCCCGUCCAUGAUGGCUAGUGCUUCAGAUGAUGGUACAGUUAGGAUAUGGGGACCAGCACCUUUUUUAGACAACCAGGAGUCUGAAGAAGCUUGCAGCAGUAUGGAUAGUUGACGGUGACUUUACAACAGACAGCUUCAAACUGAAACUAGUCAUGGAACAAAACUACUUGGGUUGUGGCACAAACCAGCUGCGGUUGAUCACUGGAUAAGACGUGUGUGUGAUGAAAAACUCAUUCCCAGUCCUCUCGAGUGCCAGCAUUUGAUCACCUUGCUUCAUAGUUACAAAUUCAAGAGAAGUGAUCUCCUUAGACCCCAGUGAAACGUCAUUUUGAAUUUUACUCAUUGGUCUUGAAGAACCGUGUUACAUUAAGACUCCGUGGAACUCAAGAUUCUUUUCUGCCAUUUUUGCUCCUACGUCAUGGAAUUUUAAGUGCUUGUUUGGAGUCUAACAUAUUUGCUAGGAAGAGAAAAGCUUUAGUCUGGAACAAACAUGCAUUAAAAUAGAAGAUUGUUUUCAUUCUGGUAGCCUGAAUUAGUAGAAAUGAUUACAGCUCAGCUCAUGGACUUUCACCUUGGGUCAUGCUGCCCUGAAAUGUUUUCAGUGAUCUUUGGGGAGGGGAAGAUCUAGAAGUUCAUGUAUAAAAUUUAAGGGUUUUUUUAAAAAAAAACCCUCAUUGAUAGCUGAAUCGUUUAAAGCUCAUUCCUGUAUUCAUUCCUUUAUCAUGGUCUUCCAUUUGUUUUAUGAUAAAUUCAUUUCAGCAUUUUUGAAACUAUCACAAGAGACAUUUUAAACCAUGCUGUGGGGUGCCACAAAGUUUGCUUAAGGGAGAUUUUAAACCCAAGUUGACACUGACUGAAAGAAUGUACAUGGUCCUGCUAACUGUAUGUUAGUACAUGUCCUUUCACUCAGACUUGUAACUGCACCUGUUUGACUUGAAGAUGGAAUCAGUGCCAGGUGAUGUGGCAUGGCCAGUGUGUUAACAGGCUGUGGCAGGGUUUUAUAUUAUUGAUUCAAAUUUGGCAAAUUCUUGAUCUCAGCUGGAUUGGUACCAGGUGUUGUUCCAAAUUUUUUGGGGGGUGGGGGGGUUGCAGGAUUGACAUAGUGAACUGGGAGAAAUCACCGAAUGACCCCACAAUAUUUUCACCAUGUUCAGGUGGGCGAUUAUAAAGCAAAGCAGGAAUUUGCAAGUAGGCUAUAUACCUGCUUUCCUUUCUAUCGGGGAAAUGCUGCUGAGAAUGGGAGGUUUAAACCGGAGAAAUUGAAAUGAAAAUGUAAACGUUAAUUGAGGAGGAAACUCAGUGCACCUUUUACUUGUGCAAUAUACUAUUGUUCUUUACUAUGUUCUUUACCAUUUUGCCUAUUUUUAAUCACUACUUAAUUCCUGUUCACGUAAGAUUUGUCAUCCCAGCUUUUUUAAAUAUGUCACCAACAUAAUUUCAACAUUCUUUCUCUUUGUCCUCCUCUCCUGUCUCUUCCCCUCUUUCACUUUCUCUACCCCCUGCCCCCCAACCCCCAUGCUCCAAAAUAAAAACCAGCACUAAUAAUCACUGGCAAUUGUCUAGUCACCAGGUUUUGCACUGCUGCCAGAAUGGGAAGGGCAGAAGUGCUAUCUCUACUCGUGAACCAACCUCCAACAUAGAGUCUGUUCCUCUUCGGGAUAAGUGACUUCAAAGGGAAAGGUGUCUGGGUUCUUAAGGGGUCAGUAGAAAAGGUGUAACAAUGUGGCCUAAAUGCCUUUAUAUUGUGGGUAGCCAGAACUUGACCUCUCUGGGUUUGAUCUGGGGUGGAGAGGACAGUGCAGGGAAAACAGCAAAGCAAUCUGAUCAAUUGAAUAGUGACUUCAUCGAUCAAGUACCUAACUGAUCGAUUACAAAUUUGUACUUUGCCAAUUUAUUUGUACAUUCUUUUAGAGUCCAUGAUUUAUUUUUUUGUGUACAAUUGCUAUUAGAAUGAAGAUUAAAUUCUCUUCCAAAUUUGGGUUUGUGUUGUUUGGAAGUUUGCUUUUUGCACUGGCAAAGAGAGAAAACGAAAAACAAAGAUCACUUUGCAGAUAUGAGGUAGUAAAUGAUUUCUAUUAAUAAAAGUUGUAGUUUGUAUUUAAACUGUUAAACUCAGUGUUGGAAGAAAAGACUUUGGAGGGAAAGUUGCAUUCCUAGGAGACUGUAGAAGGCAACCGCCAAAUAUAAUGUUUUCAUCAAAUUAGAGAUUGGCAGCAAUGCUGCUUCUGGUGUGCAAUACAGCACGCCCAACCUAAAGCCAAUGAAUUUGUACAAAUGCCAUCUAGGCCCAAGUGAGGAAUUGCUUCCUUAGCUUUGAUUCAUAGCUGGACAAACACCAUAACUGGAAGUAUCAUGAAAUUGCAGCUGUGUUAAUUUUUCCAUGUAUGGAUAUGUAUGACUGGGGAAAUUUGAUCUCCUUUAGCUCUGCACUGAGUUUGUAUUAUUGUACUGGAUCUCCAACACAGAAUUGAAUGUUCAUAUGGAUUAAGGACAUUCUUUUAUUUCUAGUUAGUCAAUGCAUUUUAUAGGAUUUAUCCCUGCUUUAAUUUAUACUGUGUUUUCUGGUGCAUGACUUGUGCCUUUGGCAACAUACUUCCUGCCCUAAAUCUAAUAACCUGGGGUUAGAAAGAUGGUGGAAAGGUUCCAUGCGAGUGCUAGUUUUUUGCUGUCUCCUGGUUUGCUGUCUCCUGGUGAAGUAGGAAUUAUAGAUUGAUGUUAAUUCUCUGAAAUGCUUUAAAUUUCUAAUGAUUUACUAUGCCACAAUUUUAAUUUCUAACACUUUGCCCCUUAAUGAACAGUGGUGAUUGGGUUAAUGAUUUAUUUAUAAGUUCAUUUUCAAUAUUAUGAGACCACUUAACACAGUAAUAAAAGACAAGAGUUGAGUCUUCUCAUGCCCCCACAAAACUUUUAUAUUUUAAAAAAAUCCUGUCACAAGUGGACGUGUUCCAGAUAGGGUAUUGUUUUUACUCUCAAAAAAGUGACGUUCAAAACAGACAACAUUCAACAAUAUUACAAUAUUCCUGAAAGUGUCAGUGCCAAGCAUUGAGUAGAGCCCAUUUACUGUGCCCAUUCAAGGUAGGAGCUUGAUAAAGAGGAGCAUUAGAUUAUUCAACAAAGUCAACAGUAACAUUAGGGAGUAUUUUGGACAAUGUUACUUUAGGCUGCUUUUAAAUACAGUGCGCUGCAUAAAUGAGUAUUUCUAAUGAGUUUUUGGUAUUGUACACCAUGGAAUGGAAUAGAAAGUUUUUACCAGUCAAGUUGAAAAAAUGGUCCGUUUUUACAGUUAUGGUCAGGAUUACUCCAGGAAUGUUUGUUCAUAAUUUUUUUUCUUUAUUCAAUCAUGGGAUGAGGGCAUCACUGGCUAGGCAGCAUUUACUGCCCGUCCCUAAUUGCCCAGAAAGCAGUCAAGAGUCAGCCACAUUGCUGUGGGUCUGGAGUCACGUGAAGGCCAGACCAGAUAGGGAUGGUAGUUUCCUUCCCUAAAGGUCAUUAGUGAGCCAGAUGGGUUUUUCCAGUAAUCAAAAAUGGAUGCAUGGACUCUUAAUCCCAGAUAUUUAUUGAAUUCAAAUUCUACCAUCUGCCACGGCAUGCUUUGAAUCCAGGUCCCCAGGACAUUAUUUGGAUCUCUGGAUUAACAAUCCAGUUUUCCUACCACUAGGCCAUUGCCUCCCCUAAAUCUCUUGUAUAAUUGUAUACAGUUAAAGCAGAGUUUCAACAUCAUCCCUGUUGAGUUUCCGUGUCUCCGUACCUGCACUCCAAUCACUUGUGUGUCGCAAUGAAUAGGAUCCCUUCUCUGAAAUCCAAAUCAGGAUAUGCUCAUCGAUUAAUGCAUUCAGAAACUGAUUUAAACAUAUUUUGUGAUAAUAUACUUUUGUGCGAAUUCAUAUCCAUCUUAAUAUUCACAUUGGUACUUAAAUAUGAUGCAACUUUGGUGUUCUGACCUUUGAAAUAUGCUGUGCAAUUUGUGGAGUGGAGUUUGAACUGAACAGCCUUCAGUAAACCACUCAAUUCACUGCAUGGUGUCUACCAAUCCAAUCAAAGAUUUGCUUAAUUUAGAGAUGGUGACCUUCUGAUGUGCCUAUCCUGAUCUGAAGUGGCUGAUUAACUCUAAUCACUCUCAGUGCAAAGAUAAUAGACAGCUAGGGUUGUUUUGCUUUCCCAUUUUUGCCUUAGGGCCUAAAGGCUAAAUGUAGCAUAUCCUGUUUCUGAAUGUGGCAUCACCAACUCUGCACAAAUGAAGUUUUCCUAUCUUAUGGUCAUGAUUUAAACUUUAUCUGGCCUGAUGACACGGGCGCUGUAUUAAAAAGUAGUAGUCGGACACCAGACAUGAACAUUGAGAAUCCAGGCCUCUGACAACUUCUUAUAGUCUUUGUUUUUGGGUUACAAAGGGAUAGAUAUUUCUUAUGUUUGACUUGAGCAUCACUUUUUUGGUGAAAUGUGCCUUGAAGUAAAAGUUAAUAUCCUGUGAAGACAAACAUUUAGAAGUUUAAAAGUAAGGUAAACUCAGGGCUACACUGACACCACCAUAACUUGAGAUCACCGAAACUAGUUAUUUAAUCGGCAUUUUUAUUAAUCAGUACCAUAAUGGUAUUCUGAGCCACUGCCUAGUUUGAUACAGAAUAUAUUAAUUUCUAUUCUGGAUUUAGUGCCUUGUGUAGAUAUUUCCUAUUAUUUACAGAAAAAGUGGAUCGGUAUUUUGAUAAUCUUUGAUCUCAAUACAUUAUUCCAAGGAAAUAGCUUGGAACUAUAAACUGAAGUUUCCCAAAAUUAUACUUAACAAUGUUUGACAGGAGUCUGGCUAUAAAUUUGCAAAAUAAAAGUUGCAGAUGCUGAAAAUCAAACAAAAAUGGAUUGCUGGAUAAACUCCCCAGGCCUGGCUAUAUCUGUGGAGAGAAAGCAUACUAGCUCUCCAUAGAUGCUGCCAGAUUUUAGUUUUUCCAGUAAUUUCUGUUUUUGUUUAUAAUUUUUGCAAAGUUCAUUUUGCUCGACAGCAUUUUGGUUGCUUUUCUUUUCAGGGAUUUUCUUGCAUCCACACUAAAAUUUCUGAAUCUCAGUUGCAUUCAAAUACUUCCUACUGAAAAGGAUAUUAGUUGAAAUAGUUUACCUUUUUAUGAUAAAUCAGCUAAUGUUUUGCUUGCAAGGGUACCUUGGAUAAUUUCAGAAAAAGUUUGAUUAAUUCAGAGGAUGUGUACUUCACUGCUGGGCCAGUAUUUAUUCCAAUACCUAAGCUCCCUUGAGAAGCUGGUCGUGCGCUGUCUUCUGAAACCGCUGCAGUCCAUUUGGUCCAUUCACCGUGCUGUUAGGGUGGGAGUAGGAUUUUGACCUACUGAGCAAAAGACUGGUAAUAUAUUCCCAAAUCAUAGUGGAGUGUGGCUUGGAAGGGAACUUGCAGGUGGUGGUUAUCUUAUGUACUUGCUGGCCCUGUCCUUCUAGAUGAUGAAGAUCAUGAAUUUUGAAGGUACUGUCUGAGAAACCUUGGGCCUUGUUGAAUCUUUUCAAGAAAUGUCCUUUGUAAAACAUAGCAACACAGUUUUGAAGAGGCAAGAGACAUGUAAAAGUUAGGCCCUCUCUGGUAAUGAAAUUUAUAGUGAAUACAAUAUUCUUUGAUGUCAUCAGUGCCCUUGUGGGGAUUUUUUCUUUAGGUGUCACCACCAUUCAACCUGUUGGAUAAGGAUGAUAUUACCCACAUUGCAAGGACCUUUAUUAGAGUUUCAUUUCUGGCAUUCAAUAACAGUAAGCUAAAUGAACCAGUUUAUAAUGGGAGCUGCAGAUGCUGGAGAAUCCAAGAUAAUAAAGUGUGAAGCUGGAUG